AAAGAAAUUUUCCCCAAAAUAAAAAGUGACGACGAAAUUAAAAAAAUUCGGAAAUCAUGCCAUUUGGCUUGCGAUGCCCUGAAGGUGGCAGCAGAGAUAAUUAAACCUGGGAUUACAACGGAAUAUAUUGAUGAGGUCGUACAUAACGAGAUUAUCAGUCAAGGGGCUUACCCCUCACCCCUGGGGUACAAAGGGUUCCCCAAAUCUUGCUGCACAUCCGUUAACAAUGUAGCGUGUCAUGGGAUUCCAGAUUCAACCAUUCUUAUGGAUGGUGAUGUCAUAAAUGUUGAUGUAUCUGUUUACUAUGAUGGUUACCAUGGAGACACUUCGGAUACUUUUGCUGUUGGUAAAGUUGACGAGGCUGGGUUGAAGUUGAUUGAGGUGACCAAGGAGAGUUUGGAACAUGCUAUUAAAAGUUGUAGACCUGGGACCACAUUCAGCAGCAUUGGGGACCAUAUUGAGGGCUUUGUUGAGAAGUAUGGGUUCACUGUGUGUCGCGAAUACGUUGGGCAUGGAAUUGGUGAGGAUUUUCAUGAAGCACCAGAUAUUCGUCAUUAUAGAAACCACCACGCACCCUUUUCAAUGGAGGUGGGAAUGGUGUUUACGAUCGAGCCUAUUAUAAUGGAGGGAGGGUGUGGUGUGUGGAAACAUGGGGAUGGCUGGACAGUGUUGGCCACGGAUAAUAAACGAUCAGCACAAAGUGAGCAUACGUUGUUGAUCACUGAUGGUGGUUGUGAGGUCUUGACAUUGUAACAUGCGUGUUAGUGAUGUUGGGGAAAUUAAAUAUCCUUGAGAAUUUCAUUUCUUUUAUGGUAAAAAACACUAACCUUAUAAUACCGAUGCUUUAUCUGCAUACAGCAGGACAUUAUUAGGGAAUUACGACAAUAAAUCAAAAAAAAAGAAGUAAAUUUACGAUAUGUGCCGUCUUGUCAAAUGACAGAUAAAACAUUGGUGUUAUUUAUAAGAUUAAUAUUUUUACCGGAAAAGCUUUUUCUAAUAUUUCGUUGUGCUUGA